CGAGUUGUCUCAGAAAUCGGAAUUGCAAUCAGUCGUGGGAAAACUGACUCGCUCGGACUCACUGAGUCACCUCCACAAGCUUUUUUUUUCUCUCAAAGAACCAAUUUUUUCAUCUCUCCGUUCUGAAUAAUGUCGAGAAGGAAUCUGGACAAAGCGGUGGUGGAACUUUGGCAACGGGAGGUCGGCCAGCUCUCGCCCAGGAAUUUCGCUCACCGCCUUGCCGCCUCGGAGGAUCUUCUUCUCCGACUUGACCUCUACAGGAAACUUGACAAACACAGAGGUUGUGUCAAUACAGUAAGCUUCAAUGCUGAUGGUGACAUUCUGAUAUCAGGCUCUGAUGACAGGCGGGUUAUAUUAUGGGAUUGGGAAACUGGGAAUGUGAAGCUUUCAUUCCAUUCAGGUCAUAACAAUAAUGUUUUCCAAGCCAAAUUCAUGCCUUUCUCAGAUGAUCGGAGCAUUGUUACAUGUGCUGCAGAUGGGCAGGUUCGACAUGCUCAAAUUUUGGAACGUGAUGUCAAAACUAAAUUGCUGGCCGAACACGACAGGAGAGCUCAUAAGUUGGCUAUUGAACCAGGAAGCCCACAUAUAUUUUAUACUUGUGGUGAAGAUGGAUUAGUACAACACAUUGAUCUUAGAACUUCAGCUGCUACAAAACUCUUCACUUGCAGGCCAAUUGAUGAUAGCAGUAGAAGUUACUCUCAAGUUAUUCAACUAAAUGCUAUUGCAAUUGAUCCAAGGAACCCAAAUCUCUUUGCUGUUGCUGGCUCAGACGAGUACACUCGCCUCUAUGAUAUUCGUAAAUACAAGUGGGAUGGUUCAACUGAUUUUGGUCAACCUGCAGAUUGCUUUUGCCCUCCAAAUUUGAUUGGUCAUGACCAAUUUGGAGUUACUGGUUUGGCUUUCUCAGAUCAAAGUGAGCUUCUUGUGUCGCACAAUGAUGAGUUCAUCUAUCUCUUUACUAGGGACAUGGGACUGGGGCCUAAUCCGGUUCCAUCAUCCCCAUUGUCCACACAUAGUGAAGAGAGUGAAAAUGGAUCUGCUCAACCGUCUGCAUCCUUAUCAGCCAUGGAAGUUGAUGAAAAAUCUAUCCCACAAGCUUAUAAGGGGCACAGAAAUUCUGAGACAGUGAAAGGUGUGAGCUUCUUUGGGCCUAAGUGUGAGUAUGUGGUCAGUGGGUCUGACUGUGGUCGGAUAUUUAUAUGGAGAAAGAAAGGUGGAGAGCUCAUUCGUGUUAUGGAAGCAGAUAAGCAUGUUGUCAACUGCAUUGAGUCUCAUCCUCACACCACAGUGCUUGCUAGCAGCGGUAUUGAGAAAGACAUCAAGAUAUGGACUCCAAAGGCUGCAGAUAGAGCCACUCUUCCUAAAAACAUUGAACAGGUUCUCAAACCCCGUGGCUUUCAUUGGUUUCCCUUUGAUGGAGACAGCAGCGAUGAGGAUGAUGAUAGUCUAUAUUUUUAUGAUGAGGAGGAGGAUGAGGAUGAGGAGGAUGGUGAAAUCUUUGACGAUGAAGAUGAUGAUGAUGAUUGCAUGGAUGAUGAUGAGGAGGAGGAUGUUAGAGGUGGUGCUGGUGGUAGCAGCAGUGAUGAAGACAUUCAUGCUAGUGAUGAUGAAGAUUGGGAUGAGGAUGAUUGUGAUAUUGAUGAUGACAUUAAUGACGUUGAUGAUGGCAGUGACAAUGUUAAAUAAUUUAUUGCAUCGGUUAUGAUGAUGCUACUAAUGAUGACUGUAAUUUUUGCAAUGUGUCCAGUUCAAACCAAAGGCUAGAUCUAGGGGCUGGAUGUUCCGAUUAGCUUCACCAGAGGACCUGAUGCUGCAGUUAUUUUCGCUGCAAAGACAGAGAAGUAACCAAGAAGACAAUGGAGAAAACUCAGCUGCAGGUCGGGAACUUCUAGACCUUAUAUUGGCAUUCAAUGCCAACAGUGAUGCUUCUUCGGACGAGGGAGAAGAUGCCUCUGCACCUGAGGAUUCUUGUGAUUGAGUGAUUUUAUAUCAACUGUAGUAACUGUACAUAAAUAUAGGGCUUAACUGCUCAAGUUACAUCUUACAAAUUGACUGGAGUUUCUGCAAAUUUUGCUCUCAGACUGCUUAUUCUAUUAUAUAUUAAAUUUCUUUUUCCUUA